GCGGCGGCGGCGGCGGCGGCGGCGGCGGCGGCGGCGGCGGCGGCGAUCUUCGUGAGGCCUGGCCGGGCUUGGAGGCGUGGCCGCAGCCGGGAAGUCUGCAGCCGGAGUGUCGCGCUCAGGCGCUACCCGGCCGGGCCGUGAGCCGACGGCGGCCUCGGCAGCGAGGCCUCCCGGAUGCCGGUUGGGGCUCUGCUCCGCAGAGCAGAGGCUGCGCCAGGGCCGCGGGCCGGGUAGAAGGCCGGCGGGCCAGCUUCCCGCCGCGCGGUGGAUGCGGCGGCGGCGGCGGCGAUGGACGCCCUAGAGGAAGAGAGCUUCGCGCUGUCCAUCUCUUCCGCCUCUGAUGCAGAAUUUGAUGCUGUGGUUGGAUAUUUAGAGGACAUUAUCAUGGAUGAUGAGUUCCAGUUAUUACAGAGGAAUUUCAUGGACAAGUACUACCAGGAGUUUGAAGAUACAGAAGAGAAUAAGCUCACCUACACACCUAUUUUUAACGAAUAUAUUUCUCUGGUAGAAAAGUAUAUAGAAGAACAGCUGUUGGAGCGGAUUCCUGGAUUUAACAUGGCGGCUUUCACUACAGCUUUACAGCACCAUAAAGAUGAAGUGGCUGGGGACAUUUUCGACAUGCUGCUCACCUUUACGGAUUUUCUGGCUUUUAAAGAAAUGUUUCUGGACUAUCGAGCAGAAAAAGAAGGCCGGGGACUGGACUUAAGCAGCGGUUUAGUGGUGACUUCAUUGUGCAAAUCAUCUUCUAUGCCAGCUUCCCAGAACAAUCUGCGGCCCUAGGUCCCACCUCCAGGUAAUGGAAUCUUCCUAGACAUCACCAGCCCAAUAGACUGGGAGAGGCUUUGGCUAAUGAUGUCAGAAGAAUACAUCUUGGAAAGACUGA